GUAAUAGUCCACGUGGGUGUGGGGAGUACAACCAGGAAAUGCAGAACUGCCCUGAGUGUUGAGUUGUUUAUGUCUGUAUAGUUUUCUUACUAUUUAGCCAAAUAUUGUUCUCAUUCGUAGGCUAGCCUACUAAAAAAAAUGGAGGAGGUUUUGCAGUUGAAGGGGCAAAUUAAGGAAAAGGAAAGAGAAUUAGUCAUACUGAGGAAGAAACUUGCUCAGUUAGAAAAGUUGUCUGAUUUCCCCACGGAUGAUCUUCUCGACAAAAUAACUCCUUUAGCCCCAGUUACACCAAAAACGUCAUUAACUAACGAAGACAUCAUGCGAUUUAGUCGACAACUUCUCCUACCGGAACUUGGUGUAAAAGGCCAACUUAAGUUAUCGAAGACGUCUGUUUUGGUCGUCGGUUGCGGAGGACUAGGCUGCCCACUGGCACAGUAUUUGGCAGCUGCAGGAAUAGGGCGUCUUGGCCUGCUGGACCAUGACGAGGUGGAGCUCAGCAAUCUGCAUCGUCAGGUCCUCCACUCAGAACGGACCCAGGGUCAGCCCAAAUCCCACUCUGCGGCUCAGGCCAUCAGAAGGCUGAACUCUACAGUCCAGUGUGUCCCUUACCAUCUCCAGCUUUCCUCUGAGAAUGCCUUACAGCUCAUACAACAGUAUGACAUUGUGGCUGACUGUUCAGAUAAUGUCCCCACGCGGUACCUGGUGAAUGAUGCCUGUGUGCUCAGUGGAAAGCCCUUAGUGUCAGCCAGUGCCUUGCGCAUGGAAGGACAGCUCACUGUGUACAACUACAAUGGAGGUCCCUGCUACCGGUGCCUUUACCCUGUCCCUCCACCUCCGGAGACAGUCACCAAUUGCUCAGAUGGCGGCGUCCUUGGUGUGGUACCAGGAAUUAUGGGAUGUCUCCAAGCAUUGGAAGUUCUUAAAAUUGCUUCUGGCCAAGGAUCUUCAUACGGGCAGCAGUUGUUGAUGUUCGAUGGUCAAGGAUCUCGCUUCCGCUCAAUCCGUCUGCGGCCCAAGCAGGCUGGCUGUGCCGUGUGCGGGGAGAACCCAACUGUAACACAGCUGCAAGACUAUGAAACCUUCUGUGGCUCUGCAGCGACUGACAAGUGUAGAAGACUGAACCUUCUGUCAAAAGAACAGAGGAUCACUGUACAGGACUAUAAAUCCAUAGUGGACAGUUCAACCCCACACAUCCUGCUUGAUGUCCGGCCACAAGUGGAAGUGGACAUAUGCCACCUGCCGUCGUCCCUCAAUAUUCCCCUUGCCAGCCUAGAGCAGAGGAAAGCUGAACACAUUCACCUGCUCAGAGAGAGGAUCAGUGACCUCAAACAGCAGCUGGAUGCUCAGUCACAGGUACCAGGUAAGAAGUGUCCAGUGCUCAGUCACAGGUAAGAAGUGUCCAGUGCUCAGUCACAGGUAAGAAGUGUCCAGUGCUCAGUCACAGGUACCAGGUAAGAAGUGUCCAGUGCUCACAGGUAAGAAGUGUCCAGUGCUCAGUCACAGGUAAGAAGUGUCCAGGGCUCAGUCACAGGUAAGAAGUGUCCAGGGCUCAGUCACAGGUAAGAAGUGUCCAGUGCUCACAGGUAAGAAGUGUCCAGUGCUCAGUCACAGGUAAGAAGUGUCCAGUCCUCAGUUAGGUUCCUGUGAGGCUGGAGCUGCUCACGCUUUGAUGUACCGUGGUGCAUACUAAAUUCAGCCUCAGUAUGAAGUCACAUGGUAAAAGGUCAUUGUGAAUAAUAUUACUGUGUGUAUAGACCAAGCAGGGUACUCCACUACAGGCUGAUCAGUGAAUCCCUUCAAAUGAUCAUAGAUGCAGUGUGAAUUAAUAUUUUAGAACUAGAUAAAUGAUAUGAGCUCCCUCAUAUGUAAGUGGGGCACCAGACAUCAGCUCUCUGCCUCUCUCUCAUCUCCUAAAUACAUAUGAGGCAGCAGGUUGUGAGCCCUCUGAGGGUCAGAGUCUGUUGGGCUCCUGCAGAACACACUGGCACUGAGCCAUGCAUGUUAAAGCGGCCGCAUCACGUGCACAUAUCAACCACCGCGCCACACUAACGCCAAUACCUGCACUCUCCUGCUCCGCCAAGGCCCCAGUGCAGCUCCUUAUUCAGAGCACAAAAGAGGUGUAAUCGGAGUUUCCUCCACCUAAUUAAGCCUUUGUAGCCGCGCUUUUGCCAGAUUAUUCUUCUGUCUCGGACCGGCAGAGCGACAGUGGAGGUGACUGUGUUGCUAGGCAAUUCUUUUCCAACAGAGAAAUAUCUUGGUGAACAGCUGGCCUCCUCUUGAAUAAUGAAGACUUUAUGGGUGGGAGGUAUACUUUCAGUGUGUCACUGUGUACUACAUUAAUGACGUGUUGUUUUCGUUAUUCGCUAUUUUGAGAAAGGCAUUGGAAGUUGGCACACUAAGAUCGGUCUGCAUAAUCGUAAAUUGGUAGGGUCUCAAGAUCUUUAAACCACUGAUCUCCUCUUUCUACUUCAGAGCAGGACAUGACGAAAUACAGACAACACUAACUUAGUAUGUGCCCUGGCAAUUCUUUUCUGCUAGGGCAUACAUUGGUAUCAGAUUGUUGUUUUUUUAUUGAUGAAUGUCCUUUUUUCUGUUUCAGUGUAUGUGGUUUGCAAACAGGGCAAUGACUCCCAGAAGGCCGUUCAGAUCCUGGAGAAGAUGUCCGGCCCAGAGGUAGACUGCGUUAGCGUGAGGGAUAUAUGCGGAGGCCUGAUGGCUUGGGCCC